GGGUGGGUGGGGGGCGGGUGCCGGGCAACAACGAAACGAACGAACGCCACCUUCUCCUCCUCCCCGCAUCGCCGUCUUCAGUUCCCGCGAUCAAGACGACCCGUCCGCCUCGGCCUGCGCCCUCCGGUCCGCCACCACCGCUACAAGGAUCCACCCGCUCGCGCUGCCGUCCCAGCGAGUCCCUCUGCGCGGAGAUCCUGCAGCGGGGAGAUGGAGGCGGUCGCGGCUGCGGGCGGCGCGGGGCUGACCAGGUGGCAGGCGGCGGCGCUGUCGGCGGUGGCGGGGUGGGUGUGGGCGGCCUCGUUCUACGACCUCACGCGGCGGGCGCGCGCGCUCGCGCAGCCGUGGGUCACCCGCCGGGUGCUCGCGGAGACGCCGGCCAUCCUCAGGUUCCAGAAGUUGCAUCACAAGUUGCUGGACAAUUUCUUCUCUGUGCUGUCAUGCAUUGUCGCUGUGCCCUUCUACACGGGAUUCCUUUCUCUCCUUUUCUGGAGUGGACACAGCAAGCUGGCUAGGCAGAUGACCCUCCUCCUUGCUUUCUGCGAUUACCUCGGCAACUCUGUCAAGGAUAUAGUCUCUGCUCCUCGGCCAAGCUCUCCUCCUGUUAGAAGAGUGACAGCUACUGAAGAUGAGAAGGAAAAUGCCAUGGAGUAUGGGCUGCCUUCAUCGCAUGCCCUCAAUACUGUUUGUUUGAUGGGAUAUCUGUUGCAUUAUGUCCUCAACUAUGGAGCACAUGGCACUUUUAUGAUUGCUGCCGGUGUAUCUCUUGCUCUCUUGCUUGUUAUGCUAAUUGGCAUUGGAAGGAUAUAUUUGGGUAUGCACAGCUUGAUCGACGUUAUUGCUGGGACCGGUUUUGGCAUUGUCAUCCUCGCAUUCUGGUUGGUUGUGCAUGACCAUGUUGAUACCUUUGUUAUCUCUGGGCAAAACGUAGCAUCCUUCUGGGCAGGCCUUUCUCUAUUGAUGUGCUUUGCAUAUCCAAAGCCAGAAUUCCCAACUCCUAGCUUUGAAUACCAUGCAGCAUUCAACGGGGUUGCUUUCGGAAUUGUCUACGGCAUCCAACAAACCUACUUCCAUUUCAACACCCCUGACGUCCCCCUCAUCUUCAGCCCGCAGCUACCCCUCCUUGCAUUUGCCGGGCGGGUCCUCGUUGGGAUCCCGAUCAUCCUAGUCGCGAAAUUCUGCAGCAAAGCUCUAUCCAAGUGGCUGCUGCCCGUCAUUUGCAGCACCUUGGGCAUCCCCAUUGUAUCAUCCUGCUAUGUUCCGGCGCUGAAGGCCAACAAGAACAAGAACAAGUCCGGUUACCUCCAGAAGGUCUUCUUCCUCUUCCCUCAGAAGGCAUACGACGUGGACACCGGCAUCAGGUUCGUCCAGUACGCCAGCCUCGCGUGGGCCGUGGUCGACUUGGUGCCAGCCAUAUUCACUCAUUUUAAUUUGUAGCCAACCACACAACACAACAAUGUAUCAUUUUAUUCUUUUUGGAGGCUUCAAAUUGGCUAUUCGCCUAUUCCUGCUCGUAACAAAUCCAUGAUCUUAUGAGGCUGUAAAUUCGAUGAUCUCGCCCUUCUUUUUUGCAUUGUAUGCCCGCCUAGCUGUUCCAGCAUGGGUGGUGUUUCUGUAGAGGUGUUUUGUACUAAGUAGCAAUCAGAAAGUAUUAAUGUUCCAACUAUUUCAUGACA